GGCGGAGCCCCGGCUGUGCUUCGCCUUAUAUAGGGCGGCCGGGGGCGUUGGGGAGCUCUCUUGAGUCACCCCCGCGCAGCCUCGGCUUGUUGUGCGAGUCGGACGUGGUCCGGGCCCACCCUGCUCUGUCCUCCAGUUUGGCUUUCCCGUCAAGAUGCCUGAGGAAGUGCACCAUGGCGAGGAAGAGGUGGAGACCUUUGCCUUUCAGGCAGAAAUUGCUCAGCUCAUGUCCCUCAUUAUCAAUACUUUCUAUUCAAACAAGGAGAUUUUUCUCCGGGAGUUGAUCUCUAAUGCUUCUGAUGCCUUGGACAAGAUUCGGUAUGAGAGCCUGACUGACCCUUCCAAGUUGGACAGCGGCAAAGAGCUGAAAAUUGACAUCAUCCCCAACCCUCAGGAGCGCACGCUGACUUUGGUGGACACAGGCAUUGGCAUGACCAAGGCUGACCUCAUAAAUAACUUGGGAACCAUUGCUAAGUCUGGCACAAAAGCAUUCAUGGAGGCUCUCCAGGCUGGUGCAGACAUCUCCAUGAUUGGGCAGUUUGGUGUUGGGUUCUAUUCGGCCUAUCUAGUAGCGGAGAAGGUGGUUGUGAUCACAAAGCACAACGAUGAUGAGCAGUAUGCCUGGGAGUCUUCUGCUGGUGGCUCCUUCACAGUUCGUGCAGACCAUGGUGAGCCCAUUGGCCGGGGCACCAAGGUGAUCCUUCAUCUCAAAGAAGACCAGACAGAAUACUUAGAAGAGAGGAGGGUCAAGGAAGUGGUGAAGAAGCACUCACAGUUCAUUGGCUACCCCAUCACCCUCUAUUUGGAGAAAGAACGAGAGAAGGAGAUCAGUGAUGAUGAGGCAGAGGAAGAGAAAGGGGAGAAAGAAGAGGAAGAUAAGGAUGACGAGGAGAAGCCGAAGAUUGAAGAUGUGGGAUCAGAUGAGGAGGAUGACAGUGGCAAAGAUAAGAAAAAGAAGACUAAGAAGAUUAAGGAGAAAUACAUUGAUCAGGAAGAGCUGAAUAAGACUAAGCCUAUUUGGACCAGAAACCCUGAUGACAUCACUCAAGAGGAAUAUGGUGAAUUCUAUAAGAGCCUCACUAACGACUGGGAAGACCACUUGGCAGUAAAGCACUUCUCUGUAGAGGGUCAGUUGGAAUUCAGGGCACUGCUCUUCAUUCCUCGGCGAGCUCCCUUUGACCUUUUUGAGAACAAGAAGAAGAAGAACAACAUUAAACUGUAUGUUCGUCGUGUGUUCAUCAUGGACAGUUGUGAUGAGCUGAUACCUGAGUACCUCAACUUUAUCCGUGGUGUGGUUGACUCCGAGGACCUGCCCCUGAACAUCUCCCGAGAAAUGCUGCAGCAGAGCAAGAUCCUGAAAGUCAUCCGCAAAAACAUCGUGAAGAAGUGCCUUGAGCUCUUCUCGGAGUUGGCUGAAGACAAAGAGAACUACAAGAAGUUUUAUGAGGCAUUCUCCAAGAAUCUAAAGCUUGGAAUCCAUGAAGAUUCUACCAACCGCCGCCGCCUCUCUGAGCUCCUCCGCUAUCACACCUCUCAGUCUGGAGAUGAGAUGACGUCCCUGUCAGAGUAUGUGUCUCGCAUGAAGGAGACACAGAAGUCCAUCUACUAUAUCACUGGUGAGAGCAAAGAGCAGGUGGCCAACUCUGCCUUUGUGGAACGCGUGCGGAAGCGGGGCUUUGAGGUAGUGUAUAUGACCGAGCCUAUUGAUGAGUACUGCGUGCAGCAGCUCAAGGAAUUCGAUGGGAAGAGCCUGGUCUCAGUGACUAAGGAGGGCCUGGAGCUACCCGAGGAUGAGGAAGAGAAGAAGAAAAUGGAGGAGAGCAAGGCAAAGUUUGAGAAUCUCUGCAAGCUCAUGAAGGAGAUCUUAGAUAAGAAGGUUGAAAAGGUGACAAUCUCCAAUAGGCUUGUCUCUUCACCCUGCUGCAUUGUCACAAGCACCUAUGGCUGGACAGCAAACAUGGAGCGGAUCAUGAAGGCCCAGGCACUGCGGGACAACUCUACAAUGGGCUACAUGAUGGCCAAAAAACACCUAGAGAUCAAUCCUGACCACCCCAUUGUGGAGACCCUGCGGCAGAAGGCCGAGGCAGACAAAAAUGACAAAGCGGUCAAGGACCUGGUGGUGUUGCUGUUCGAAACUGCUCUGCUCUCCUCUGGUUUCUCACUUGAGGAUCCCCAAACCCACUCCAACCGCAUCUACCGCAUGAUUAAACUGGGCCUGGGCAUUGAUGAAGAUGAAGUGACAGCAGAGGAGCCCAGUGCUGCUGUUCCUGAUGAGAUCCCCCCACUGGAGGGUGAUGAGGAUGCCUCUCGCAUGGAAGAAGUAGAUUAAAGACACCCCCUCCACCCCCCCAGGCCUCUGUGCCCUCUGUAUAGUUCUCCCUGUGGCUCCCCAGCAGCCUUGACUCACCCGGCUCUGUUCAUGUCUAGAGGAAUUUCUUCUAUCCUAUCCUUAUGGCCUUGUGCCUUAAGGCAGGAAAAAUCCCCUCCCACAGAAUAGCAGGGUUGGGUAUUGUGUAUUGUGGUUUUUUUGUUUGUUUUAUUCUGUUCUGAAAUUAAAAGUAUGCAAAAUAAAGAAGAUGCAGUUUUA